AUGCUUACAGCUGUUCAGCCCUUCUCACUGCGCGCAGCGGCCCUAUUUAUCGGUACCGGUCUUAUAUUAGUGGGUUACUUUCAAUAUGAAAAGGCACGGUUGGAGAGGAAGAGGGUGGUCGAGAUGAGUAAAGGGUAUGGAAAGCCCAAGGUUGGAGGACCAUUUACAUUGCAAGAUCUGGACGGGAAGGAAGUUACAGAGAAGGAUUUGUUAGGGAAAUACAGUAUUAUAUACUUCGGCUUCACCCACUGUCCAGACAUCUGCCCUGACGAACUCGACAAGCUAUCCGCAGCAAUCGACAUCCUCAACGCCAACCCGUCGAGCGCAAACACAUUCCGAUCCAUCUUCAUGUCCGUUGAUCCAGCCCGCGACACACCCGCCGUCCUCAAAUCCUACCUCGCCGAAUUCCACCCUCAGAUCCAAGGCCUGACAGGAACAUGGCAGCAAAUCAAAGAUACAUGCAAAGCAUAUCGCGUGUAUUUCUCUACACCACAAGAUCUCAAGCCAGGAGAGGAGGAUUACUUGGUCGACCACAGCAUAUACUUCUACGUCAUGGAUCCUGAAGGAGACUUUGUCGAGUGUAUAGGUAGACAGGACACACCGGAAAGUGCGGCUGGAAUCAUUCUAGAGCACAUCAAGGACUGGAGGAAGGAUGGGAAGAAGAUCGAUCAGACCCCAUUGCAGUUUAAGAAUGAGGCUGCGAUGAGGACGAGUCAGGGUAGGAGUAGUGAGAUUGGAGGUGUGGCAAAUAGAGCCAAUGCGCCUGCUUAG